AUGGGCUGCUCCAGCAGCGCCCUCAGCAAGGCCGGCGACAGCCGCAGACUCCGCCGCGGUGAGACAGGAGAAGAGGUUGAAACAGAGAUGGAGAAAGUAAGUGAAAGAGCUGAAACAAAAGAAGACGAAACAGGAGAAGCUGUGGACCUUUCAGCAGCCACACAGAUAGAGCAUGCUGAUGCCACCAGGAAUUGUUUUGCGAACCCAUCUUGGAACCGGGAAAGACCAUAGAGAUCAAACAGUGAAACGUGGCUUGUCAUUAAAACCGCUGGAGCGCCCGGUAACACGUCCGGUUUUGCUGCUUUGGUGAAGGAAGGCGCUCCGAGGUCGCUGUGAAUCACUGCUUUCGCAUUAGCACCAAAGACUGUGCCAAAGAUCAAAGAAGUCUUGUCCAGUGUCUUCAGAGCCACACUUUAUUUGAAUCUCUGCCCUGUUAAGAGUUUCUCUAAAAAAAUGGGAGAACAUAAAGUUGUUUUCUGUCGCAGAUAAACUCACCGAUUCUCCAAAGAACAAGCCUCAGUGCGCUGUGGAAUUCGGAUGCCACUCGCCGCUGACAUAAAACUUUGUGAAUCAGAGUUCUGAACGCUUGUUGUCUAUGGGAUUGU